AUGAGCAAGAAAUUCAAAUCACAGGCCUCAAGCGCCCGUGCUGCCUCUGCUGCCUUUGGAGCAUCCUCUUUUGGUGUCGGUUCCCUGUCGGGUGGUUUCAGAUCCGCUGUUUCGUCGUUAUCAUAUAUCACGGAGCAACCAGACCUCAGCGGCGUGUCUAAUCCUAAUAUUGUCGUCGCCCUUCGGAAUUUGACCAAGAAAGACAGUACUACAAAAGCAAAAGCGUUGGAAGAAUUGCAAGAGUAUAUCAGCUCCGUUAGCUCGGCUGAACAAAUCGAUCCAGGUCUACUAGAAGCAUGGGUCGGUCUAUAUCCGCGCACCUCCAUCGACAAUAGUCGACGAGUUCGACAACUCGCACAUACUAUCCAAGGCACUCUGACGGCAACCUCCGGCAGACGAAUAGCGCCGCAUUUGUCCAAGGUGAUCGGUUCGUGGCUGUCCGGGGCCUAUGACAGUGACAAGCUGGUAGCGCGGGUAGCGCAAGAGUCGAUUUCGACUGCGUUUACAACCGAGGAUAGGAGAAGGGCAUUGUGGAAAGUCUACAAAGAAGCUCUCAUUGAAUAUGCCGAGGACGCGAUUUUGGUUCAGACUCCUAGUACUCUAAGCGAUGAACGGUCGACGACACCUGACGAUGCCGAGGCGAAGUUUGUCCGAGUUGUCGGGAAUGCCAUCUACAUGCUCUGUCAGGUUCUCAGGAACAACUUUUCGGGGCCCGCUGACGGAAACGCGGCUGCGCUACCUGAGCGCCUCGAACAGAUCGUGACAGACAAGAGGCUUUGGGAAUAUUCAUAUUCCGAAGAUCCAAAUCUGCGCAAAGCCAUAUGUGCUCUUGUUAUUGUUUGUACCGAGACGGUCGACGCAUACCUGGACUGGCCUUCAAUCAGCGCAUGCUUUAUUGGCAAGGCACUUCACAACAGCCAACUCGGAUCGUCACGUCAGCUGUCGGAGGCACUCCUCGCCUUGACGGGACGCCGGCCUGAAAUCUGGACGUCCGACUAUUCGUCGAAAACACCUGCUUCCAAAAGACUGCAUCAAUACCUCAAGAACGGCUCGCAAAGAGGACCAGCGGAUUUCUGGGUCGCAAUUGCCGCACUUCUCAAACGAAUUCCCCUCGAGGUAUGGGCUCCGGAACAUGUCGACCGCAAGGUGGACUUACCCUCCGCCACCAGGUUGAUCGGUGCCUUGCGUGCCGGCAUCACCAGCCCUGAAGAACCCCGCCAAAACCUGCAGACGGCAUGGUUAGCCUACGUCGAGAUAUCCUUUUGGAUCUUGGAUAUGCUCCGCGACGACGACUCGAAGACGAAAUUGAUGAACGAGGAGCUAGUCCCUUUGGUCACUCAGUACAUUGCUCAUGACAUGGCGCAGACCUCCGGGAAACUGCCCGCCUCUUGUGACCUGCGAAUUGCGACGAGCAUACUGGUCAGCGUUCUCCGCCACGGCUUGCAUGAUGUUUUCGAAAGUGCCUGGCUAAGGGUAUGUGAAGAGCUCUCCAAUGCUAUGAAAUUGUCCCUUCCGGAGACCUCCAAGGAUUUUUCAAAGUCUCAGGAUUCUGUUACUGCUCAAGCACAACGUCUAUUUCAAUUGAGAUCCUCUGUCUUGAAAUCGGGUGGUCUUGGUCCUGUUGAGAGCUCAUAUGCAGUACGUGUCUUCCAACAGGGUGACGAAAAACUGCUCGGCGUUGCAACGGAACUUCUAAGGUCUCGGAACGGCAAGCCUUAUUCCGCAGCCUUUGUACUCGAGCGCGUGGUAGUCGAUCCCCAUUCGCCAACGCCCCAAUGGCUGGAAGACUUCUUGACAUCAGAUGCCAUGGCUCUACUCAACAGCCCUUCUGCGGAAUAUAUCAUUACCAUCAUUCUAAAUCGUGGUAAAAAUAUCGAACAAAUUGUCUCGAAUUUGAUACAUUCUGCGGACAGCGGAUAUGCUAUAAGCGCAAUCUCAAGGCUUCUGAGUCAGGUUUCAGAAGAGACACUAUCAAAUAACCCCGAGCUCGAGGCUUUUGUCUUGCACAAGACAUCCUCUGCACUCGAGGAGGAUGCAGUCCAACGAAUGGCCCGAGCAAUUCUGCGGAAUCCAAAGCUUCGGCUUUCGAACUUUUGGGAGAGCUGUUUCAAAUGCAUUCUCGGACGGUUAUCCUCCGACAGAGAUGCAGCCUCCCAACAGGUCACACUCCAUUUCCUCCUUGACCUAUUUAGCGGUCCCGACAGCGCUCUUGCGAUCUCCAACAGCACAGGAGGCGAGUUGCUGUCACGGAGUCUCUUGCUAUCAGACUCACAGAACUCCGAGAUAGCAGAUCUGGCGAAGCUGUUAAUAGAAAAGAUCCGAUCAGCCCCUUCCGGCCAGGACACAGCUGCCUCAACCUCCGCCAAAGUCAUUACGGACCAGCUGUCCGGCACUGGUGUACCGUUGUCUAUUUUCACAUUGAUCGACCUUGCGAAAGACACUUUCAAGAAUACAGCGCCGGACCAAGCCGGGUCGGUGGCGGCGCUCUUGCCAUCCGCCUCUCAGUGGGUCGGCGCCCUUCAAGGUCACAUUUCUGGAAAGCGACCUCGUUCAUUAGUUGUGACCAACCCACUUCACGGCAUCGUAUUUAUGCUUGAGCAGGGAAAUGUCCAACAAUCGACCCAUAAUCUUCGCGAUGCGGACGAGUUUUCUCUUCUGUUUCGACUAGUCCUGUAUGUCACGAGGAUGGCCUCCGACACACACAUCCUUCCUCUCCUACCCGCCGAGCAACUCGGAGUACUUUACUUUCAUUAUCCUUUGGCAUUGCAGCUUGUGAAUGAGAAGCUUACAAUGGAAUCCGCGAACGAUAUUUGGCAGAAUACAAGCAACGAGGUCAUCGAGGAGGCAGCGGACGUGCUUUCUCAAGGAAACUCUCUCGUCCAAAAAUGGAUUCAAGAUGAUGGCUUGAUCAACACCUGGAUCAACGCGAUUCGCUCAACAGCUGAUUUGACGCCAGAGUCGUAUCUGAAAGGUCUAGCAUUCACAGAUAUCGCAUCUCGUUAUGUUGAUGAGUUUGGGCCGAGUCGCAUUACGUCGUCCUUUGAUAUUGAGAUGAAAGAGAUGUACAACGCGCCCGAGGUUACACGUUCCGCAAGCCUCAUAUGUGCUUGCCGUGAUCAGAUCAUUAGCGGUCCGUCAGGUCGCAGACUUCUCAAUGAGCUGAUCGCUAUGGGCACGGAGCUUAAAUCGGAGGGCUCUGUAGCAGGGCUGCGGUCGCUUGUACUACUUGACUUGCUUCUUGACGGCAGGUCAAAAUCUCUGGAAGAGAUCCCGAGCCAACGACUUAUUUUCUUCGUACAGACGUUAACGCGCCUUUUGACGGACAAGUCGGAUGACCUAGGCUAUCAAACAGAAGCGAUGAGACUACUAGAUCCAGUCCUUUCUGCCGUCAAAGAUGUCUAUGGCCCACACUGGGAGCGCAUUCUAACGUGUCUGCUCACACUGUGGCAUGAUGGACACGACUUGGCAGAUAACAUCCCUCUUCUCCAUGCUUCCCUGCGCCUAUACGCGCGUCUCAGAAGUCUCGCUGCGUCGGAUGACUCAAAUGACGAUGUGAGAGAUUCAUGGGAAGCUGCCCAGGCGUCUCUCGAGGAUGGCUUGGUGCGAUGCCUGCAUAUUUUCAAGGACCCGAAAGAGGAAAUGGACCAACCACGCCAGAUAGCUGCGGAAAUGCUACGGAGACAGCUUUUACAUAUUUCUCUCUCACACGACGCGGAAUUGUAUUCCUUCCUAUCGUCCAGAGAGCCCGCAAUUCGAGGUGCCGCAUACGAUCUCCUGCAUCGUUCGAUCCCGGCACAACAGGAGCAGUUUUCAUUGGAGCUUGCCCUCGAACACAGAAUUACUCAUUUGCCCGACGAGCUCCUGUCCCUCUUGUCAAAUACGACAGGGUCCUUGGAACUAGGGCCCGGUUCAAAUCGACAGACGUACUUGCUUCGCUGGCAACUGAUAUUUGAUCACUUCACCAAGGCGUCCUACAAACUUCGGGAGAUGUACACUUCAGACAUCAAAGAGGGCCACGUCCUUCCAAGACUUCUAGAAGUGAUCUGUGAUAUUUGUCGCGUCACCGGCAGUCGUCCUCUGGAUGCUUCAAAGGUCGAUCUUGAAACGUUCGAGCUAGGCCCCGACGACUUGGACGAAAAAGGAGAGCAAAGGCUUUCGAUGCAUUUGUACUAUUGCUGCUUGCUCUACCUUCCGAGUCUGACAAGAGGAUGGUUCCUCGAACAGAAGAACCGUGUGAAAUUACCUCUGGAGAGCUGGACUCAAAAGUUCUUUUCACCGUCCCUGAUUGCAGCCGCGAUUCGCACAGUCACCGAGUGGGUUGCCAACCAACCGGAGGAUGACAGUGAAGCCUCGGUGAAUGCCAAAGCAUCUGUCGGAGGAUCCGAAAUCGUGGCAUCGGUCGCCGUCGAUCCUGAAUCGCCCCCAAUUACUUUGGCUAUCUCAUUACCCGCCACGUAUCCUCUUGACUCACCCAGCGUAUCUUCGCGUACGCGAGUCGGUGUUUCGGAAAAGAAUUGGCAAUCAUGGCUUAGGACUUUCCAGAUCAUCAUAUUUAGUACAGGAAGUAUCAUUGAAGGUCUGAUAGCAUUCCGCCGGAACGUCCAAGGGGCUCUGAAAGGUCAAAGUGAAUGUGCUAUAUGCUACAGUAUCAUCGGUACUGACAUGCAAACACCGAACAAGAGAUGCGGCACUUGUCGAAACACUUUUCAUGGCACAUGCCUGUUCAGAUGGUUCAAAAGCUCCAACAGCUCGAGCUGUCCGCUCUGUCGCAACAAUUUCAACUACGCUUGA